AUGUCGUCUGUUCAUGAAACUGGUGUGCCGCCCGGCUAUGGGAUGCACACCAUUCCCCCUACUGUCCAUGCCGCGAUCCGAAAACAUUUGCAGACAGGCCCUUCACAUAAAGAGUCAUUCUAUGUUGUUGAUGAAGAAUUCAUCCACAGCCAGCUGAGAAUGUGGGCAAGCAAGUUCGGGCAUGUUCAACCCUUUUACGCCGUCAAGUGCAACGACAAUCCAAGGCUGUUGAGCAUUCUUGCAAAGCACGGAACGGGGUUCGACUGUGCUUCCCAGUCAGAGAUCAAACGGAUUCUUGACCUUGGGGUAAAGCCAGAUCGGAUUCUCUACGCGGCGCCCAUCAAGUCCGAAGAUCAUAUUCUAUAUGCCAAAGAGCAUGGCGUGGUCCAGACAAUGUUUGAUAGCGAGGACGAGCUGCGGAAGCUGGUCAAGCUGUUUCCCCCGGCGCAACUGUACCUCCGCCUCUGGGCAGAUGACCCUACUUCCCGUGUUCGCCUUUGCGACAAAUUCGGGGUCCAGUUACCGCAAGCGAAGAGACUACUAACAUUGGCGAGAGAAUUAAACAUGACGGUAGUCGGCCUCUGCUUCCAUGUGGGCUCGAGCGCAUCGGAUUGUGAUGCAUAUCGGCGAGCAAUUGCGCUCAGCCGAGAAGUUUAUGACUACAACGAGAGCUUCGGUGCGGACAAAAGGCAUCCCAUACGGACAAUCGAUGUCGGCGGUGGAUUUUCCCGUGGCAAUUUCGACAACGCAGUAAGGGCUAUAAACGAAGGCAUCCAGGAACAUUUCGGGGCGGACAACCAGCUGCGAUGGGUCGCUGAACCGGGCCGUUACUUUCCAGACGAAGCGUUCCAUCUGGUGUGCCGGGUGAUUGGGACACGGCCUCGCCCAUCUUUAAGUGAUGAACCCCCUCCAGGGGAAGCAUUUCCCGUUGGUGACGUGUAUAUUAACGACGGUAUAUAUCGCAACUUUUUGAACGCUAUAACCGAGCAGGUAGUACCGCCGGCUCGAUUGCUUGAUUGCACUGGCUCGCCGUAUGUUCGGGGUGACGACACAGAGGAUACAUAUGUCCUCUGGGGCCAGACGUGCGACAGCUUUGACAAGAUAAACAGCAGCUGCGUGCUCCCGCGGCGGGCCAAGGUUGGCGAUUGGGUCUAUUUCCCGUCAAUGGGAGCGUACACGCAUGUCACUGCAAACGACUUUAACGGGUUCCCCAAAGAUACACAGACCAUCUGGAUUCCCAAUUCCACCGAGGAAUCCAAAAAUGCAGUCUCAGCGCCAUUUAGAACGCUGAAAACACUGCAUUACUACGUUGUGAGCGCAUUCAGCCUGCCGGGAUACGCUGCUAGGGAAGCCGAGCGCCCCGGACUGAAAGCCAGUGGUGAGUUGGCAGCCUUCAACUCGAAUGCCGGGUUGGUCGGCAAGUUUUUUGCGGGUGCCAGAGCCCUUCACAUCUUUUCGGGGGCGCGCCAUGACGAGCAGUGA